CCCAAAAGAAAGAUUUGUAGUUCAUGGUAAUAAAAUUGGUUAUUUGAUGGAUGCACGAAAGGUGUUUGAUGAAAUGCCUCAAAGAGAUUUUCUCUCAUUAUGUGUGUGAUUUUACGUGCAACAUUUUAACUUAUUUUUUUUAUUAGAUAAUUAGUGAAUGAAGUUGAUAAUAUGAAAAAAUAAUUCAAAGAGUUAAAUAAUACAAACAAAGAAGCUCAAGGGUAAUAAACCCUCGCAUAAUUUAAGUGUUUAAUUGGAUAAUUUAGCUUGUUUCUAUGUCUUAUCCCUUUUUGGCCUUUUUCUUACAUAAAUAGCUCUCCUUAAAACACCAUUUUUUUGUUUUGUUUUGUUAGUACUACAAUUGUAUAGUAUCUAUGUUCAACCAUGUUCGAAAUUAUUGUAUACCUGUAAAUCAUUUCAUUAGAACAAAAUCCCGACAAACCCAUAUUCAAUCACCCAAAUUUUCAUACCCAAUUUCACAAUCACAAUGCUCUCAAAACCCAUUUUUAGCAGGUGCGCGAAAGGUGUUUGAUGAAAUGCCUGAAAGAGAUUUUCUCUCAUUAUGCUCCACAACAAAAUCUCUUCUUCAAACACAACAAGCACACGCUUUUGCCAUUAUCAAUGGCCUUCUUCCUAUCAGCAUUUCCAUUUCCUCAGCUCUUAUACUCCGUUACGCCAUUUUUUUGUCGAAAUCAAGAAUUGUACGGACGUUAUUCUAUCAAAGUCUUCCUUUUUCGCGUUCUGCGUUUUUGUAUAAUACCAUUAUUAGAGCUGAAGUGAUUUUGGGUGUUGUAGAUUGUGAUCAUACUUUCCCUUUUGUUAUUUAUAAUGAAAUGUUGACAAGUGGUGUUGUACCUGAUGAUCAUACUUUCCCUUUUGUUAUUAAGCUUUGUUCGGAUUUUAACGAGGUUAAAAAAGGAUUAGAGGUUCAUGGGUUGUUGAUGAAAUUGGGUUUUGAUUAUGAUGUGUUUGUGAAUAAUACAUUGAUGGUGUUUUAUGGAAGUUUUGGUGAUUUGGUGGGUGCGCGCAAGGUGUUUGAUGAAAUGCCUGAAAGAGAUUUGGUUUCGUGGAAUAGUGUUAUUCGUGUGUUUUCGGAUAAUAAGUGUCAUUUUGAAGCCAUUGGGAUGUUUAGGAAGAUGGUUUUGUUGUCGGAGUUUAAGCCGAAUGUGGUAAGUGUUGUGAGUGUAUUGCCGGUUUGUGCAGUGCUGGAAGAUGGGAUAAUGGUUAGUGAGAUUCAUUGUUAUGCGGUUAAAGUAGGUUUAGAUUGUCAAGUGAGUAUUGGAAAUGCUUUCGUCGAUGCAUAUGGGAAGUGUUUGAAUGUUGAGUCGUCAAGACGAGUUUUUGAUGAGAUGGGUGAAAAGAAUGAGGUUUCUUGGAAUUCAAUGAUUGGUACUUUUGCUCAUAAUGGGUUUAAUAACCAUGCGUUGGAAAGUUUCAGGUUUAUGAUUAGUGAAGGUUCGAAAGUAAAUUCGACUACAGUUUCAAGCUUGUUACCUGUCUUGAUUGAACUUGGGAAGUUUAGUAAGGGAAGAGAAGUUCAUGGUUUUUGUCUAAGAAAAGGUUUAGAGUGUGAUGUAUUUGUUGCGAAUGCGUUGAUUGAUAUGUAUGCAAAAUCGGAACGUUCAGCUGAAGCAUCAGCUGUAUUCCACAAAAUGGAUUCGAGAAAUGUCGUGUCAUGGAAUACAAUGAUUGCAAAUUUUGCACAAAAUAGACUUGAGUUAGAGGCUAUAGGACUUGUCAGGGAUAUGCAAUCUUUUGGUGAAACUCUGACAUCUGUUACGCUUACAAAUGUUCUUCCUGCAUGUGCACGAAUUGGUUGUCUUCGUUCCGGAAAGGAGAUACAUGCCAGGUCAAUAAGAAACGGGUCUUUCAAUGAUCUCUUCGUCUCAAAUGCUAUAACCGAUAUGUAUGCAAAAUGUGGUUGUCUAAAUCUGGCACAAAAUGUGUUUGACUUGUCUCUUAAAGAUGAGAUAUCUUAUAAUAUACUAAUUGUUGGUUAUUCACAAACAAGUGAUUGCUCAAAAUCUCUUGUACUUUUCUCUGAAAUGGUGCUGAUAGGGAUGAAGCAUGAUACUGUUUCCUUUGUUGGAGUUCUCUCAGCUUGUGCAACUAUUUCAGCGAUUAAACAAGGAAAGGAAAUCCAUGCAUUUGCGGUUAGAAGAAUGUUUCAUGAAUAUCUCUUUGUUUCAAAUUCUCUCUUGGAUUUGUACACCAAAUGUGGACAGAUUGAUCUUUCGCAUAAGAUUUUUGAUAGAAUUGAAAAAAGGGAUGUAGCAUCAUGGAAUACGAUGAUUUUAGGAUAUGGGAUGCUUGGUGAUUUACAUACCGCAAUUGAUAUGUUUGAAGCCAUGCGAGAGGAUGGGGUCGAACACGAUUCAGUCUCAUAUAUUGCAGUUCUAUCAGCAUGUAGUCAUGGAGGACUAGUUGAUAAGGGAAAGAAAUACUUUAAUGACAUGCUUGCUCGUAACAUUGAACCAUCACAGAUGCACUAUGCUUGCAUAGUUGAUCUUCUUGGUCGUUCUGGGCUUAUGGAUGAGGCUAUUAACCUUAUUACUGGUCUACCAUUUGAACCGGAUUCCAAUGUUUGGGCUGCGCUCCUUGGAGCAUGCAGACUCCAUGGAAAUGUCGACUUGGGUUCUUGGGCGGCUGAGCAUUUAUUUAAGCUGCAGCCGCAUCAUCCUGGGUACUAUGCUCUGCUCUCAAAUAUGUACGCUGAAGCAGGCCGGUGGGGUGAAGCUGAUAGUGUCAGAGAGUUGAUGAAGUUGAGGGGAGUGAGGAAAAACCCUGGAUGUAGUUGGGUUCAAAUUCAAGACAAGGUGCAUGCUUUUAUUGUUGGACAAAGACUGGAAGGAUUGGAUCCAUGUUCAUCGCUUGAGAACAUUGGUUAAUUGUGAGUGUGAGAUGUGAUACACCAAAUUGAAAACCAAUUCAGAGGUCCAAGCCAAUAUUUUUCAUCCUGAAUCAGUGUGGACCAAAUUUUGAUUCCCUAUGAAGACUCAUUUGCUGCAUUAUUGACAACCCUUUGGGUCGGGGAAGCUGGGGAAAGUUGCUGACCGUUCACUGGACCUCAAAUCAUGGCCAAGUGCUUUGUCCAGGACAAGAACUGAAAGGAUAAGAGCAAGAGCUUUGGUGAUCUGCUUUGCUUAAGAUGUGCUGUACUGGAGCAAUUUCCAGUCAACUUUAAAGCAAUUACGGACAUGAGUUGACUAUGCUCUCCAUGGCUGGUGAGUAAACCUUGAGCUGACAGCAAGAGUUUAUACUUGACGUGCUUCUGGCCUGCACCAGGGAAAUGCCAAGCUAACUACGUGAAGAACUCGAGGACAUACCUGUUGGAGAGGAGCAGCAGAACAAGGCUGCUUUCUAAGUGUACUCGGGUGUUAAUUGCCUGUUUUGGGGCUUAUAUUUAGGUCUCUCAAGGUGUCUUGACCCACAGCUUAACAUAUUCGGCGUUUAACAUCCAUGCCUGUUGCCCACUAAAAAUUCAAAUUCACGACGAUGUUCGCGUUGACUUCAAUUUUACUAGCCUUCCAUGUUCUUGUAACUUCAAUCUUGAUUUCAGUUUUUUGCGUAUGAUGUCUUUCAUAGAUAGGCUACAGAUAUCGCUAGAAACAUUGUUGUCUUUUACAUGAAGACAUACAAGUAUAAAGGUGCUUAUGUUUUACUCUA